GAUGAAAGUUGAAAGCGACCACUUGAGAUUUGAAAGCGGCUUGCCCGGGUGCCGGCCCCGGGCCCCGUCCAACCCCCCCCCCCCCCCCCCCCAUCUUGUCGUUUUUUGCGCGCCGUCGCCUCCCUUUCUCCCCCAAAACCAUCCAUCGUCUCUGCCCGCCAUCCCAUUUCCCAAUCGCCUCCAACCCCCCACACCCCGCCCGCCGCAAACCCCUCCAUUUCCGCCGCAUUUCCCUCGCUGUCCCAGCUCACCGGUCGGUCGGGUGCUGGGGCUCGCGGCUCCUCUCUUCCUGGGGCCUGGAAGGGACGGGGAAGGAUGCAGGCCGCGACCAGGAGCGUCUCUUGCAUCGGCGCGCAGCCGUCCGUCCUCAUCCGGUGCGGCGGUGGUGCGCUGUCCGCUUCGCCCGGCGGCCUCGGAGGAGGGGGAUGCAGGGUCCGGGUCGUCGCCGUGCUGCGGUGCUGCGCACAGGAGAAGCGUCCGCCUCGGGUGCGGAAAUCCAAGGAGGAGAGAAGGGAGAUGGUGGAGUCCUUCAUCAACAGCUAUCGAGCUUCAAACGAAGGAAAAUUCCCAUCGGUUAACCUUACACAUAAGGAAGUUGGAGGGUCAUAUUAUAUAGUUCGUGAAAUCGUGAGGGAUAUCAUCCAAGAGAAUAGAGUCCUUGGUCCUGGUGGCUUAGAUGCUAUGGUGCUGAAUUUUGAAGAUUUUGCUGAUUCUUCAGGGUCAUCCAUGAAGCAUGAACUGGGUCAAGACAAUAUCGAGAUAUUAGAUACGUCUGGUAGUGAAGUCAGUAAGGGUUAUGUGCCUGAAAUAUCCAACACUGAUGGAUCUUUUCUAUUGCAAGACAAUGCCAUCAGCAACCAGACACUGUUGGGUUCUUCCAAUAUCUUAGAGGCUGGUAUUUUGAAUAGUGUGGUCCAAAAUGGGAGUGCAGCAGAUGCAAUAUUCAUGGAAACAAACCUUGAGAAACAAGAUGAAGUUCCAUCUGGUGAAUCAAUUGAGUUUGACUUGAAUAGUUCUGAAGAGCAAGCUCAUUUAUUUGCUCAGGUUUCUGAUUCAGAUGAAAACAUUGCACUAGACAGUCAGGCGGAUGCACAGGACGUGAUGGCCAGUAGUGCUACCAAUAGAGCUAUUCUUCCCUUAGAAGCUUCUGCUGUUUAUGAUGCUGCACUUUUAAGAGAUCAUGAGACAUUGCCUAAUGAUAAUCAUGAUGCAUCAACUGAUAGUUCCGUGGAUGAUGCAAGUCACGUUGAGACGACCAAUGGUGUUCAAGCAAAGCAAGCUUCUUUACAUGAGCAUGAUGCAUCAACUGGAAAUGUAUCGAUUGAAAAUGCUCAGAGCUUAGAUGGUCAGUUUAGUAAUAUAUCUACUGAUCCAAUAAAUGGUGCUAAAUUGGAGGCUGAAGUUGCAACCAAGACAGUUGAAGCGUCUAAAGUACACAGGCUGCAAGAUGGGUUUGAGCAACCAUUGGCUGAUGCUAGCUGUGAUGGGCAAGAAAACUCUGACAGCCCUGUUUCUCAUCCAGCAUUAGAUACAAAGGGGCUGUUGCACACAGAAGAUCAGCAGAGUGUGGUACAGGUAGAUGAAAGUGAAUUCAAGAACUCAACAUCUGGGAUCACAAAGGAAGAUUUCAAGCAUGAGCAAGGAAUUAGCACUGCAACAGUGAUCAGCAGGCAUGCACUUUGCCUCCUAACUUUGCGUUGCAUGCUUACUGUUUAUAAUUUCCUUCACACGUCACAAAGGGCAGCAGUAUAUUAGGAGAACUUUGAAAGCUCAGCAGAAGAAAGAUGACAAUCUAUUCUGGCUUGUGCUUAGGGCAUUUGUUGUUGCUAUAUCGAAAAUCUGGGCAAAAUGAACAGUGCAGAAAGGCAGCGUAUGUGGAACUGAAGAUCGAGUGAAUCCUUCCUAGUGGAAAACGAGAAACCGGUCCAUGAAGUUCCAUUUCUCCCAUGUGAAUAUAGAUGCGCUACUUUUGUGCCGCAGUUUAAGUAAUCUUUUUUGGAGACAGCUGGUCUGGUUUGUAGUCGCUUCCCACUGUAGGUGAAAGACCAUGUUGGGCCGUGUUCAACAUUUCACCCAUAUAGUCACUCCAAAACAUUGUUUUGCACUUUAAAUUGUACUGAUCGUAGAGUGGAUUUUGAAUAUGGGUACGAGGAUGGGUAAGCUGACGGAAAUAGCUUAAAGUUUAGUUAUCCUAGUCUGGUGUUCAUGUGUUAGAUGUUUGGUACAAUGGAUGUCAUGUGUCUUUUGGUAAAAGGAGGAUGGAUCUCUUUUAAUGCUCUAUGAAAUUUGCAGAUUUGUUCA